AUGUAUCAUCAAUCUAUCUGCUUAAAAUUAAAACAGAUGAAUACAAAUUUAUCUUCCUCAGAAAAUGAUUAAUUUUCAAUUUAACUUCAUUAACAUAUGACAACGAUGAAAAAAUCAAUUUUAUUAUUUUUUACAUCUUAUUUGAUGAAAAAACUUUAAAAUAAAUUUGUAAAAUCGUUUGAUGGAGAAUUUAUUAAGGGUUACAAAUGCAAUAAUCCUGUAAAAUUAGAAAUAACCAAAUAACCCUUUGAUUAAGGGAAAGGUUAAUUGCUUAUUAAAUUAUCAAAUGUAUACUAGAAACUAGACCGAAUCCUAAAGAAUCUAGUCUAGAUCUACUGCUCAAAGUGUAAUUUAUAUGAUUAAUUUAUAUUUGGAAUCGUUUAUUGCUUUUAAAGCAAUUGCUGA